CGUGCCCCGCAUAAGCAUGGUUGCCGCACAACGGAAGUAGCCGAUUAUUUCGUGGGAGUUAAUUCUUCUGCGGGGCGGAAACGACAUAUCCUCCUGUGUACCGAGCAUUUCCAGUCCGUUUUCCUUGCAGGAUCCCAUGAGUAAGCUGUGGCGGCGCGGGAGCACCUCUGGGGCUAUGGAGACCCCCGAGCCGGGGGAGGCUCUGGAGUUGAGCCUAACCGGUGCCCACGGCCACGGAGUGCACAAGAAAAAGCACAAGAAGCACAAAAAGAAACACAAGAAGAAACAUCAUCAGGAAGAGGAGACCGGGCCAACACAGCCGUCUCCUGCCAAGCCCCAGCUCAAACUCAAAAUCAAGCUGGGCGGGCAGGUCCUGGGCACCAAGAGUGUGCCCACCUUCACUGUUAUUCCUGAGGGGCCUCGCUCACCCUCUCCCCUGAUGGUUGUGGAUAAUGAAGAGGAACCUAUGGAGGGAGUGCCCCUGGAGCAGUACCGUGCCUGGCUGGAUGAAGACAGUAAUCUAUCCCCCUCCCCGCUUCGGGAACUGUCAGGAGGGAUAGGGGACCAGGAGGAAGAGGAGGAACAGAGAUGGCUAGAUGCCCUGGAGAAAGGGGAGCUAGAUGACAAUGGAGACCUCAAGAAGGAGAUCAAUGAGCGGCUGCUCACCGCUCGGCAGAGAGCGUUGCUCCAGAAGGCUCGGAGUCAGCCUUCCCCGAUGCUGCCACUCCCUGUCCCUGCGGGCUGCCCGGCCCCUGCCCUCACAGAGGAGAUGCUGCUGAAGCGCGAGGAGCGGGCGCGGAAGCGGCGGCUGCAGGCAGCGCGGCGGGCAGAAGAACACAAGAACCAAACUAUCGAGCGCCUCACCAAGACUGCUGCGCCCAGUGGGCGGGGAGGCCGAGGAGCUGCAAGGGGCGAGCGGCGGGGAGGGCGGGCCGCAGCGCCGACCCCCAUGGUGCGCUACUGCAGUGGUGCCCAAGGUUGCACUCUUUCUUUCCCGCCUGGCGUCCCCGCCCCCGCGGCAAUUUCUCAGCGGCCAGCCCCAGCAGGUCCUUCUCCACGUUGCUCUGUCCCCGGGUGCCCGCACCCACGCCGCUAUGCCUGCUCCCGAACGGGUCAGGCGCUCUGCAGCCUGCAGUGCUAUCGUAUCAACCUGCAGAUGCGGCUGGGGGGGCCCGAGGGCCCGGGAUCCCCUCUUCUAGCAACUUAAGGACCUUACUAAACCUAGACUGUAUGCUCUCUCCUUGUCCACUUUUUGAUGUCUUCCCUCCCCUAUUAAAUUCCAUUCAGUGCCUCA